GUCAGUGCAAUCAAUGCACCAAGACGAACAUUUCCUCUUAUUACCCACACUGUGUCCGUGCUCCUCCCUUGCCCCAGAAGCUGAAUUUUGAAUUUCUCAGUUCUGCUGACAUCCCUCUGGGAGCAGUGAGUUCAAAGGGGGCUGCUUUGCAUGAUGGGGUGGCGAGGGGGGAGAUGACCUCCCCCUAAGAAAGGGGGUGAGGAAAAAGAAUAUGGAGCAAAGAGGCUGCAGUGUGAUCAAGAGUUUUGGCUUUAUGGAGCUGCCUCCUCUCCUUCUCCGCUCAAACCAAGGACAGGGCAGAAAGGAAGACUGGGAGGAAAGUUGAGAAGCUGCUCUUACUCCUUGGCCAGUUUGGUUGUCCUUUUCUGCCCCUUUCUCAGCUUCGACAAUAUCAUUUUUGAGAUGCGGUGGCCAGUACCAGGGGCGGCCCUUCCAUGAGGCGAGUUGAGACUGCCUCAGGCAGCAGUUUAUUGAGGCACCAGCAAGCGGUCAUUGAGUUUGUUAGACAGGAAUCACCAUCUAAGGAUGAAAAGGAAAGCAGAGAUUCCGGAAGGCCCCACUGCUGAAAGAGUGCCCAAAGAUUCCAGAAAUGGCCUCCACGUUGUCCAGGCAGGGUCCGAAGGAGAACGUCUGCAUCAGGUGACUCCACAGUGGAUUAAACUGGAACCAGAGGAGAGGCAGCUGCAGUGUUGGGAAGCCCAGUUGCAGGAGUUCCUGAAGAAAGUCGAGUCUCCUCCCUCCAGGUCAGAAAACGCAGAGCCCCCCUCAGACGGCAAGACUUCUCUUGUUCUUUCUAGCGUCUACCAGGGUGCAAAGGAGGCGGUGAGGCUCCAGCCACUCAGCUUUGGAGAGGGAGACCAAACAGCCUCUGGGACCUUGAAACCGGUAGAUCAAGAGGGAUUCCGGAAAGUGAAGGAGGCGAUUCUGAGGGAGGGGACCAUCAGCACUGAGGUCCUGCGCCAGCGUUUCCGGGACUUCUGCUACCAGCAGGCAGGAGGGCCGAGAGCAGCUUGCAGCCGCCUCCAGGAACUUUGCCACGGGUGGCUGAAGCCGGAAAGGCGCACCAAGGGGCAGAUGCUGGAGCUGGUGAUCCUGGAGCAGUUCCUCAGCAUCCUGCCCUUGGAGAUCCAGAGCUGGGUGAGGGAAGGUCAGCCAGAGACCUGUGGCCAUGCGGUGGCCCUGGCUGAGGAGUUCCUGCUCCAGCACGGAGAGGCCGAGAGGGAGGAGAAACAGGUAUUGGGAACAUUUGAGGAGUCCGGUGUGAGUUUCUCCAAAGCAGGCCAGAUCCUGCUGGGUCCUGGGGGGAAAAGUCCCUGCAGAGAGAUCAAGCAGGAGAGCAAUGGAGAUAACCGUUUGCUAGGAGCCCAUACAUUGAUGAAUAAGCACAGUAAGGACCGGCAGUGGGCACCCUCAGAAACAUCACCACAUGAGAAGGAGGAUGGAAUCCCAGGCAAUCAUGAUGGACCAGAAAGACAGAUGGAUCAUGCGAGAAAUCAGUGGAAGAAUCCAUCUGCGACAGGGGUGGCUGGUGAUCUUUGCAAAACGAAGACCUCUGCAAGAUUACCCAAAGGGAUGGGAAAGCAUAAAUGCCUGAUUUGUGGGAAAGGCUUCACUCGAAAAUCGAGCUUGAACAGGCAUCACCUUAUUCACACAGGAGUGAAGCCCCAUAAAUGUUCUGAUUGUGGGGAAAGUUUUUAUCGGAAAACCAACCUCCUUGCCCACGAGGUCAUCCAUGCAGAAGAGGAAUCAUAUAACUGCUCAGACUGUGGGGAAAGCUUCAAGCCCACGUGGGGCCUGGUUUCAUACCAGAGAGAUCAGACAGGAGAGAAGCUCUACAGAUGUUCUGUCUGUAGAAAAAGCUUCGGUCUGGGAGCAGAUGUUAUCAGACAUGGACUUGUGGAUGCGCUUAGUAAGGAACCACAGGGGACACCCUUGAUAAAAUCAGAGUAUGAAAAGGAGGAAGAAACCUGUGGGAAUCAAGAUGGACCAGAGAAGCAGGUAAAAAUCAAAACAGAGGACUGGCAGAAUCAGUCAGUUACAGACCUGGGUGGCGAACUUAGCAAAAUGACAGUCCCCGAAAAAUUCUACAAAGGAAAGAGAAAGAGCCCAUGCCCUGUGUGUGGGAAAAUCUUUGCGACGCAAUCAAGUGUUAACAGGCACCAGAGAAUCCACACAGGAGAAAAGCCGUAUAAAUGCUCAGAUUGUGGGAAAACAUUUAAUCAGAAAACAAGCCUCUUGACCCAUCAAGUCAUCCACACAGAGGAGAAGCCACACAAAUGCGCAGACUGCGGGAAAAGCUUCAGGCAUGCAUGGGGCCUGACGGUGCACCAGAGGAUGCACACGGGUGAGAAGCCGUUCCAGUGCUCCAUCUGUAGGGACUACUUCAGCCAGAGAGCACAUGUUCGCAGGCAUAUCAUGAGGAAGCACACGAGAGAGAAACGAAAGACCAGUGCUUCUCAGCUGUCUGAUCGCUGAGUCUCACUUUUUUCUGGAUUAAAAACUGGAGGUACACUUCACUCUCACAUUUGAAGAGAAUUACUUUUGGAAUGUGUAAGUGUAAGAAUUACUUCCUCACAGAGGAACCCAUAAUUCUGUGAUAAGACAAUGACAGUAUCAUAGAGCUGGGAGGGACCUUGGAGGACUUCAAAUCCAGCCACCUGCUCAAUAUAGGAAUCUGCUUCAAUAUCUCUAACCACCCAGCCUGUUUAAUUUCUGUAUAAAUCUACCGAAUGUUUAAAUAAACCACUCUACCGCAUGUGCCUAUUGAUUGGAAGGGGAAAGCACUUAGCAGUUACUCACACAGAGAUACAAUAGGCACCCUCCUCUGAGGGUAGGUAAUUGUUCUAUGUCUCUCUGUUGGAAAAUUGCUUUGGAGCUGGAUUGGAUAGGAUUGCUCCAAUCACAGCUGACGCAGUGGUGAGGCAGAAUUAGCCUCCCCCUGCGGAGGCUGAUUGGAAGGAGGGAAAACCAGAGCAGUAAAUCAUUUGAAGAUCCAACAGAUAACAUAAGUCAAGUCAUGUUUAUUUACGGUCAUAGACCAAACAGAUAACAUAAUAAACAUAAGCAGU